GCUCCGUUUCGGGCUCCGCUUCGCCGCCGACCCUGCUGCGUGCGGAGCGGACCUCGGGCGGCGGGGACGGGGGCAGGUUCCACGGGCGGGCUCUUCCCCGCCCCGCCAUGGAGAGCGGGAUGCUGUCUCGCACACAGCAGGCGCUGAUCCGGGAGAGCUGGCGGCGGGUGAGCGGCAGCCCGGUGCAGCACGGCGUCGUCCUCUUCUCCAGGUUGUUCGAUCUGGACCCUGACCUGUUGCCCCUUUUCCAGUACAACUGCAAGCGGUUCGCCAGCCCCCAGGAGUGCCUGGCUGCCCCCGAGUUCCUGGAUCACAUCCGGAAGGUGAUGCUGGUGAUUGAUGCAGCCGUCAGCCACCUGGAGGACUUGCCUUGCCUGGAAGAAUAUCUCUGCAACCUUGGCAAGAAGCAUCAGGCUGUUGGUGUGAAGGUUGAGUCCUUCUCGACAGUUGGCGAGUCCCUGCUGUACAUGCUGGAGAAGUGCCUGGGUGCUGCCUUCAGCCCGGAUGUGCGGGAGGCCUGGAUCGAACUCUACAGCGCGGUGGUGAAAGCCAUGCAGCGAGGCUGGGAGGUCCUCCCGGAGGGGGACUAACCCCAGGCCUGGCCCUGCACAGGGUGAGCACUCGCCCUCUCUGCCUCUCUCCACCUCUGUCUGUCUCUGUGCACCAGCCCACCUCCUUCCAGCCACGUGUGCUGGGUUCUCUUUGUGAUCUCGCCUUGCUUUGAUGCUGCCGUGUCCCUGCCAUUCCUGGUGGCCCUGGGGCACGCCCUGAGUGUAGCCCAGAGCGUCCAGCACAGCACCACCACCCAAUGCCAGGUUCCUGUGAGCCGGCACCUGUAGCUGUGCUCUGGCCUUCUGCUGGCUCCCUGCCCUCCUCUUGCUGCCCAUCCCCAUAAGAUGACCGCUGGUGAGGACCUCUCAAGCCCCACAGUGAGCUCUCAUCCUGCCCUCUUCACCCAGCAUCGCCCUGGGCAGUGAUCUUGAUGCUCCUCUGCCCUGCUGAGAGCCUUCUCCUGUGUGAGGCUGGUCGCAGUGUAGUGUGUUCCCAGUGGUGGGAGAUAGCAUUAAUGCCAUGGUAAGGCUGCUCUCAGUGAUGUAGGCUGCUGCCUAGAAGGGUUCCAUUUGACUUGGCCAGGUGAUUUUAACGCAAGAGCUGGCUCCAGUGCACCAGCAGCAGUGGCUAUUUAAUGUUUUGUAUUGAGAAGAAUAAGGCAAAUACAAGAAAUGAUGUCUUAAAAUAACAAUGAAGGUUGCAAUCAUGUCAUGGCAACGGCUUCUAGAAAUGAUUCUGGCUCUUGGCCAGGGGAAGCGUGGCUGGAAUUUCUCUGCUCAUGCUGGCAGGACCUGGAGUGCUUCCCAUCUGCACGCAGUGCCCAUCUGCAGAGCUUCUUCACCCUGCAGAAAUAACUCUGCCAUACCUGAGACACAGCCACUACGGAGGGGAGAAGGCACACGGCUAGCACUGAGCAGCAGGGCCACGUUAGGGCAGGAGUGCAGCACCUGCCAGAAAGCAUCCAAAGGAAUGGCUGGGAGGCGGUACCUGCACGCUCCAAGGGAGCUGAACUUGAUCUCUAUGGAGAAGUCGUCACCUUUAGGAGAAAUCAUCCCAGGGUAAGGACAAGGAGCAAGUGCUCAUCUACAGCCAGUGCCCUUUUUUGCUGCUCUUUCAGGGCAGGAGGAGCCCAGUGUUCAGGGCUGUGAUUGUCUCUCUUGUGACACGUCCCUCCUGUGCUGACCUAUCCUCCCUCUGGGCAGAAGGGCACUCCAUGAGACGUGUCACUACCUCCCUGUCCCCUGCCCUGUGGUGCUGAGCACACAGCAAGGACCCUGAUUGGGGGGGGAGUGGUGUCAGGGCAGAGCCGUAUGUGCCAUGUGUGCUCCCCUCCCUGUGAUACCAGGCUGUGCUUCCGUAGUCUGGUACAGGGCAGGAGGGGGUGGUGAAUAGGGCAGUUCCUGCUGCAGCCCUGACCUGGGGCAUCAGCACCAUGCAGGAACGUUCUGAACCUGAGUGGCAGGUAGGUAGAUGUGUGAGGGAUGGAGUGUGUGCUACUGCACGAAAUGGUCCCCUUGUCCUUUAGCUUCCCCUCCUCUUCUGUGCCAUGUUUUGUGUAAUUCCUAGGGGAAACAAACUAGUCUGUGUGCCUCUUAUACCCAGCUGUACUGUUUAAUAAACAACAAUCGAGAGUC